UUUCGCUCUGUACCGGAAGUGCAUGGGCUGCCGAUGUGGUGUCUACUGACUGCAGUUCCAGUUACUCGCCCUCGUUUCAGUGGCUGGGUAGCUGCUUCGCACCAUGGCGCCCAAAGGCAAAGUGGGUACAAGAGGGAAGAAGCAGAUAUUUGAAGAGAACAAAGAAACUCUCAAGUUCUACCUUCGGAUCAUAUUGGGAGCCAACGCCAUCUACUGCCUUGUGACCUUGGUCUUCUUCUAUUCCUCUGCCUCAUUCUGGGCCUGGAUGGCCCUGGGCUUUAGCUUGGCUGUGUACGGGGCCAGCUACCACUCUAUGAGCUCGAUGGCCCGGGCAUCCUUCUCAGAGGAUGGGUCCUUGAUGGAUGGUGGCAUGGACCUCAACAUGGAGCAGGGCAUGGCAGAGCACCUUAAGGAUGUGAUCCUACUGACAGCCAUUGUUCAGGUGCUCAGCUGCUUCUCCCUCUACAUCUGGUCCUUCUGGCUUCUGGCUCCAGGCCGGGCCCUUUACCUCUUGUGGGUAAAUGUGCUGGGCCCCUGGUUCACAGCAGACAGUGGAGCCCCGGCCCCAGAGCUCAAUGAGAAACGACAACGCCGACAGGAGCGGCGGCAGAUGAAAAGGUUAUAGCAUCCUUAACUGUGGCCAUUGGCUGCUGGGCGCUGGUUGGCUCUGUUAACGCUGCGUGGCCCCAUGCCUGGAGCAGUGAGGGCCUGGUAUAAGGGCCAAAAGCAGCCUGGAUUAUAGGGUCACUAAAUAAAUAGUUUCAAAUGUGGCUAA